UGUUAACACAUUCCCAAGUCAUAAGUUGCAAGUACACGGCGGAUGAAAAUACUCAUUACAGCAAAUAGUUUAAUGUUUCCAGUGAUAAAAAGUUUGUUGAACUGAAUCGUGAGAAUCAAGGUUAUUUGGAUUGAAUGUGAAAUACGCACGCUACUAACGAUAAAUGUGGACUUACACGUGUAAUCGUAAUCUAAAAAAUUAAUGUUUUUAUACCGAGUAUAACAGUGAGAAAGGGCCUGCAACAAGGCCUUUUACAUACGUUAAAUUCCAUCAUUAGUGUCAUCCCAUCUUAAAUAUAUAGAUAUAUAUAUUGUCUUGAUUAGUGGUGAAAGUAGUAGGAAUGGUGUUCACAAAAAUGACGAUAAUUAACGUUAAAGUUAAUUGUGGUGGGUUGUUGUUAAGUUUACAAAGACAUAUGCCGGAUAGAAUUAAUUGUUUAAGGACUAAACAACAGAAAAUAGUUAGAAUUAUAAAGUUACCGUAAACGCUACAUGAAAGUUGACAAAAAUCAGCAUAGUUUUACAUAUAUGUGGCCGAAUUAUUCAAUAAUUGUGAUUAUGAAAAUGUAAUACAUAUGAAGAAAUAGUUGGUUGAAAAUUUAAAUAUAAGUUAAAAAGGAGUCAUAAUCAUGCAAAAAGAUUACACAAAUCGUUCAAUGAGCUUUGCUCUUGGCGAUGGUCCAGCAAAUGCGUUAGCCUUGUCGAAAGAUAACUCCAGGGUCGUCGUGGCAGGAAGAAAUGUAUUCAAAAUCUUAGCAGUGGAGGAGGAAUGCUUUGUGGAAAUUCUAAAUCUCCGAGUUGGAAAGAAUUUGAAUUUGAAUUAUUCUUGCAACGAUGUCGCAUGGAAUCCUUUGGACGAAACUAUGAUUGCCACUGGAGCUACAAAUGGGGCUGUCGUAUUGUGGAAUUUGUCGAAAAAUACGAGAGCCAAACAAGAAUUUGUGUUUCCGGAUCAUCAACGAACGGUUCACAAAGUCUUGUUUCAUCCCACGGACCCCUUUAUGCUUUUAUCCGGAAGUCAAGAUGGAACUGUAAAGUGCUUUGAUUUACGGGGUAAAGACUCAAAAUUGACUUUCAAGAGCAGUAACUCUGAAAGUGUCAGAGAUAUUCAAUUCCUUCCGAAGAGUACAACGUGCUUUACUUCAGUUAGCGAAAAUGGUUCUGUGCAGCUUUGGGAUCUUAGAAAAGGAACAGAGCGACCGUAUUUGACUUUCACUGCACAUUCGGGACCUGUUUUCACGUGUGAUUGGCAUCCGGAAAACUCUAACGUUCUUGCAACUGGGGGACGGGACCGUGCAAUCAAAGUCUGGACUAUUGGCAGUGUGGCAACAUUGGAUCAUACCAUUCAAACCGUGGCGUCAGUAGGUCGAAUAAAAUGGAGACCUGGAAGAAAAAAUCACAUUGGGAGCACCUCCCUUGUUGUCGACACUAGUGUUUGCGUGUGGGACGUGCGUCGCCCCUUCGUCCCCUUUGCCGCCUUUGAGAAACACAAGGACGUUGCAACAGGAAUAGUUUGGAAAAGUAGCCCUCACGUACUUUUAUCUACGGCUAAGGAUUGUAUGGUUUGGCAACAUGUUUUUAGGGACGCUUCUCGUCCCGCUUCUAGAGCAAUUCCUCAGGCGUUGGCCAUCAAUAUUCGUCGAGGAGAAGUUGCGCAAGCAGUAACUGAUAGAUCAGGACUCGGAGGAGGCGAAUCAUCAGCACCUGUUCCUAAAUUUCAGAUUUUUAACCGUAAGACAACCACCCGCGAGGAAGAAUUCCACAUGGCUCAAAGUCUGUUCUUUACGUAUGAAGUUGGUCGCCUACUUCGAGAGGGAUCAAGUGUCGAUUUGGCGCAAAAAUACUCCUUGACUGGGAAAAGUGUAAAAGAAGUUUGCGAAAAGAAUGCUCAGCUUGCAAUGUCUGCCAAACGGCCUCAGGCUGCUUUGGUCUGGGAAAUAUCCAAGCUCUUCGUCCAGAGUCUGUCAACAUCAGACUUGAAAGCAGAAUUAGUAAAGAAACCAAUCGACCCAAUAUCAAAUACUCCUCCAAAAGAUGAUCAUGAAGAUCAUAACCUAUCCGAUGAGGAUAUUAACAACAAUUCAAGUUCUGAAGCAGAAAAGCAGGACAUCCUAGCCGAGAUUGCCUCAGGACUUCAUGUCACUCAAAAUCUGUUUAUGCCAACCGCUCCGACGUAUGAUUUUCAAGUACAAGAGGACUGGCCCAUUCUACCAGCUGAGGCCUUUCAACACCGGCAUGAAUUAAGAGAAGGGUCCUCGCCUCCAAUACACUUGGAAGAUUGUUCCUCAAGAGAUAAUGAAGAAGCUUUGGAAACUGUCGCAAUUGAAAAUCGCACAAGUCAGCUCAAAAUUGCACCAUUUCAACCUGUCCCUCCAUUUGACUUUUCCGGACCGUUGAUGAAGGCUUUAGAACAUCAUGCCAAAGAUGGAGAUGUUCAGACUGCAGUUUGUGUAUGGAUUGUACUGUCAAAGGUGUACAAGUUGCCGAUAAAGGCACAGACUUUAGAAGCUUGGUGUUACGCCUACGUAGAUUUUUUGCAACGAAAUCGCUUGUGGACUUAUGCUGCUGGCGUGGUAAAACAUUCCGGAGUCCUUGGAGCCAUGUCCCAGGAAAGUACAACAUACCUCAUUAGCUGCGGAAAGUGUGCAAAGCCAUUGACACAAAAGGCUGGCAACUAUUGUGAUAAAUGCAGAAAAACGGUUGCACGAUGCGCAGUGUGUCACGUAAGCGUUGCAGGUCUGAUGUCUUGGUGCCAGGGAUGCGGUCAUGGUGGUCACGUAAGCCAUCUGCGACAAUGGUUCACCAAGCACCAAGAGUGUCCCGUUGGAUGUGGUCAUUUGUGCCUCUCCUAUGAUUAAAAUGAUUCAAAACAUACGUACACAUAGUCAGCAUACUUACUUACGAGCUUCAAUUAACUACAACAACACAAUAUCUGACAUAUAAAUUAAUUCUUAGAGUGUACCCUACCACUGUCACUAUAUAUUAUUAUAUUCAGAUAUUGACCAUUUUUCUAGACAAAUAUAAAUACAUUUUUCAUAAAUAAAUUGCAAAUCAAAUCUA